AUGUAUUUGGACAACCAUGGUACCACAAUAAAUGCAUUCAAGAACAAUUUUGCUGGAAGGCGUUGGACCGAGUGCUUUGUAGAGCACCAUAAAAAAGAACUUUCUCAAAGAUUCUGCAGCAAUAUUAAAAGAGUUCGUGCAGCUGUCAAUGCAGAAAUAAUAAAUAACUUCUUUGAGCAUUUGACAACUGAAAUUAAAGAUGUCCCCCCAGACUGUAUCUAUAAUUAUGAUGAAACAAAUUUGUUCCAUGACGCUGGAAAAAAAAGAGUUCUUUCAAAACGUGGGUGCAAAUAUCCACAAGCUAUUAAAAACUCGACCAAAACAGCCAGUCUUAUGGUAUGUGGAAAUGCUGCUGGAGAAGUCUUGCCGCCCUACGUUAAUUACAAAGCGGAAAUAAUGUAG